AGGAGAGUGAUACCGGAAACACUUGCGGCUACUGUUUUUAGCAUUAGCACGCAGUUAAAACGAACUUAAAAAAUGUCAUUAAACAGCACAGAAUAGUUAAAUUCUGAGGUUGUGGAAGCUACACGAACAGUCACGCGUUUAUUUAGGUGAUAAUAAAUAAAAAAUGAUAAUAAAUGAAGAUUUCAAUCGAUUAUUUAAACUGACAUCUGUUACGUCACUCAGAGGAUGCGCGUGCUGCCAUGAGGUUCACAGAGUCCUGAUAAAGUAAGAAAACCUCCACCUGUCUGUCGGUAUGUGCUCUCCACUCCACCGUGUUUCCAAACUCACAGAAAGUUUAGGUUUGAUCGGGUUUCAGGUGAGGAGGUUUGGGUGUUACGGUCCUCGUCCUCGGCUGGAAACACUUCAAACACCACCAACAACAUCAGACCUCAGAGCUAUAAUGGCUCAGAAGACCUCGAGGCUCAGUCUCACCUGCUCCAGGUACCUGUCAGGUUUAAGUCCUUCAGAGACCAGACCAGCUCGAGUGAAGAGAGUUUCUAUCGAGGGCAACAUUGGUAAGAUUCAAGUAUUUACGGGGUUUGUGGGGGAACAUUAUUCUUAUUAUUCAUAUUCACUGUUCACUGAUUUUAUCCACAUUUACACCACUGUGCAGAGGUUUGGGGAAAUACUUACAAAUGUACAAUACAAUCACCAUCUAUACUGCAGAAAAGAGCUAUAAGAAAAAUUCAUAAUACCGGUUAUAGAGAUCACACAAAUGUAUUAUUCUUAAAAUCAAAAACAUUAAAAUUCACUGACCUGGUUCAAUUUCAAACACCACAAAUCAUGUACAAAGCAAUAAUCUACUACUACUACAAUCUGAACAAUCUACUGCCUGGAAAUAUCCCAAAAUAGUUUUCUAACAGAGCUGGGGGUAAUCAUCUGAGGGGGGACCUUAACCUAAAGCAUCAGCAGUCCAAAAACAUGGUUCUCACCAGGUACAGGGAGGAAGAAGGGCAUUAACUAUCGAGUGUUCUCACAAAAGAUUAAUGUACUUAUUUAUUCUAUUUAUGUUGUACAUUUUUGUUAAUAUAAUUUAAUUUAGCUGGAUACUGACUGAUAUUAUUGAGUAAAGGAGAAGGGGUAGGUUUUAAAAAAGCAUUAUUAUUAUUAAUUUUUUUUAAGUUAACUCUAUUUUUAAUUUUACUCUUUUGCUUUGAUUUUUAUUAUUGUUGUUUUGAAUAUUUUCACUGGUUCAGUUUCCUUUUGGUGUUGCACGCACAUGUUCCAAAAAAGUAAUACAAUGAAAAAGAAAAAUAUAUAUUAUGGUGCCAAACUGUGAGUGUUGGUUUAUGCUGUUUCCUGUCGUCUCUCUCUACCAGCUGUUGGAAAGUCGACCUUUGCGAGACUCCUGCAGUCAGUUUGUCCAGACUGGGAGGUGAUGGCAGAGCCUGUCUCUAAAUGGCAGAACAUCGAAAGUGGGACCUCAAAGGUGAGCACCUCACCUGGCCUCAUUCUGCACCUUUAUCGGUCUUUACAACAUCAUUCAAAGAGAGUCAAAGUGCUGAUCAUGUCUGUGUGUAUCACUGAAAGGAGAAAGAAGCAGCAUCCCCUCAGACGACAGUCAGCAACCUGCUGCAGAUGAUGUACGAGGAUCCUCAGCGCUGGUCGUAUACAUUCCAGACAUAUUCAUGUAUGAGCCGCUUUAGGACUCAGCUGCAGCCUCCUCCAGCGCGCAUGCUCAGCUCAGAGGGAACUCCUGUGCAGGUGUACGAACGCUCAGUCUACAGUGACAGGUGAGUCAAUCAGGGAAAAAUAGGAUCAUUAAAAUGACAGUCGGGAGAACUACAUAGAGUUAUUAACGGUUUUUGAUACAUUAUCACUUUAUGAUAGUGGUAUGACAAUAGUAUUAUAAUUAAUUGGUGUUAUUAAUGUUAUUAUUAGUAUCACUGUACCCCACAGACUUUAUGUGGUAUUGAUAAAUGUCUAUUGAAAAAGCACUUUUCUUUAUUAUUCCUGUGUAAUAUUGAGCUCACUGUUUGUCCUGUCAGAUACAUCUUUGCCCUGAACAUGUUUGAGCUGGGCUGUAUAAACCCCACUGAGUGGGCCAUAUAUCAGGACUGGCACUCCCUCCUAGUGGAGCAGUUUGGACACCAGGUGGAGCUGGAGGGCAUCAUCUACCUCAGAGCUCCCCCACAGGUAUCAACUUAAGAGAUUUUAUAGUUCACUGAAGAGAUCAGUAAUGUUACAAUAAUUCAUGAGGAAAAACGAUGCCUUUAGAUCCUACUUUAAAAGUACAUGUUAGUAAUAUUGACAGCAAAUCCAAGUGGUUGACUAUCACAAGCUUAGAGACAUUGUGCUUUUGGUUCUUCAGAAAUGUAUGGAGCGUUUGAAACUUCGGGGGAGAGCAGAGGAGAAGGAAGUGAAGCUGGACUACCUGGACAAGCUGCAUGUUCAACAUGAGAAGUGGCUCGUUGAGAAGAGCACUGAGUGAGUGCUGAUGAGAUCUUCUGUGUCUGAAAAAUACAUGAGUAAAAAUUAACGUUAAAGAUUUUCUAUGUUAGGGUAGUUGCUGUAAUUGCUUGCAUGCAUUUCUAUUUUGAAAUAAAGUAAAUCAAACAGUGAAAGGACGAUCCUCCCUGCAGACACCAUCUAACAGGAUUCUGUUCCCGGUUUCCUGUUUGGCGAUUGAAAAUGCCUUUCCUUGCAGCUGUUUGCAGCUCGCCUGUGAACAGAUGACAGUCAGCAGUGUGUGGUCCGGGUCUUAGGGAAGAGUGUGAUUCAGCUCUGGCCUCUCUUUUCAGGAUACAUUUUGAGAAGUUAAAACAGAUUCCUGUGUUACAACUUGAUGCCAGUGAGGAGUUUCUAAGGGACCAGGAGGUGCGGGAACAGUUCAUAACAAAGGUUAGUUUUGAUUUAUACCUCUUGACAAAGAAACUGCUAUUCCAGGGACGACCACAAGAGGGCUCUGUUCUAAUGCGGCAGAUCUUAACUUGCCAUACUCUUAGAUACAGAUGCAUCUUACUUUCUGGUCUGAUGUUUUAUGUGUUUUAGUGACUUACAGUGCUUUUUUUUUUUUUUUUUACUCUCAGGUGAAAAACUUCUUUAACACUUUAUGAGGAGACAGCAUCGGGUGACGGAUGAAGCCAGUAAAACCUUUUAACUGACAUAUAAACCAAAACACAAGCCAAACCUCUCAUCAACAGAGAUUUAAAAUAAUAUUAAAGGUUUUUUUCUUUUUUAUAAACUACAGUCUCCUCAGAACCAUAACCUCAUGAAUCUCUGUAACUCUCUGUUUAAAUGUUUAAACUUUUUACAUCUCCAGUGUUUCUGUUGUAUGUUUGUUUAUUUAGACGUUCACUCUUGUAAAGUUACUCUCUGUACUGUACUUGACUUCACUUGAAUAGCACAAAACUGUGUCUCUUCAUAUUGAAUCAUAUAUCUGAGUGACUAAAAUGCAGGUUGGUCGGUGAUAAUAUCAUCUGUAGAUCAUAAACUGAUAUUUUUGCUGUUACUACUUUUACAUUUGGGAACAGUUGUUCUUGUUGACCUUGAAUAAAACAAAUGUCUUUUUCUCA